UGGCUGUUUUUGGUUGAUUUUCUUUACUUACCAAACAUUUUCGAUAUUUAUUCAUGUGCAUUUAAUUCUCAGCUGAAAAAGGAGAACCAAUGUGGACCAAUACCAGAAGCAGUGAAAGUGGGAGAAGAAGAGAAGAUAAGAAAAGAAGCAUUGCUUGCAACAAUGAGAAGAUCUCUCACUUUCUAUUCUUCUAUUCAAGCACAUGAUGGUCAUUGGCCUGCUGACUUUGCUGGCCCUUUGUUUUUCAUUCAGCCUUUGGUAAUUGAACUGUAUGUUACGGGAUCACUUGAUGUUAUUUUAGGUGCUGAGCAUAAGAGGGAAAUUAUUCGAUAUUUAUAUAAUCAUCAGAACAAAGAUGGUGGUUGGGGGUUCCAUAUAGAGGGACACAGCACAAUGUUUGGAUCAGCAUUGAGUUACAUUGCAUUAAGAAUACUUGGAGAAGAACUUGAAGAUAAUCAAAACAUGCCAAUGGCCAGAGCCAGAAAAUGGAUUCUUGACCAUGGUGGCUUAGUAGCUGUUCCAUCAUGGGGAAAGUUCUGGGUCUCGGUACUUGGAGUUUAUGAGUGGUCAGGGUGCAAUCCACUUCCACCGGAGCUAUGGCUUCUACCUAGAUCCACCCCUUUUCAUCCAGGAAAGAUCAUGCCCUAUUGUCGGUUGGUUUAUAUGGCGAUGUCAUAUGUUUAUGGAAAGAAAUUUGUGGGUCCUAUCACCGGCUUAGUCAGAUCUUUAAGAAAGGAGAUGUACAAUGAGCCAUAUCAUGAAAUCAACUGGAACAAUGCUCGAAACAAUGUUGCUAAGGAAGAUCUCUAUUAUCCGCACCCUAUAAUGCAAGAUAUCUUAUGGGAAUUUCUUUAUCACAUUGGGGAGCCUUUGUUGAAGUGCUGGCCAUUUACUAAGCUUAGAGAAAAGGCACUACACAGCUCAAUUAAUUAUGUAUAUUAUGAUAGUGAGAAUACAAAUUACCUUUCAUUUGGAGUUGUAGACAAGGUUUUGUGUAUGAUGGCAUGUUGGGUUGAUGAUCCCAACUCAAAGGCAUAUAAACAUCAUUUAGCUCGUGUUCCUGAUUAUUUUUGGAUUGCUGAAGAUGGUUUGAAAAUUCAGGGUGUUGGUGCUCAAGCCUGGAAUGCAAAUUUUGCUAUACAGGCAAUUCUUGCUUGCAAUAUGAACGAAGAGUAUGGACCUACACUUAAGAAAGCACAUGAUUUUAUAAAGGCAUCCCAGGUUCGUGAAAACCCAAGUGGAGACUACAUGGCAAUGUUUAGACAAACUUCAAAAGGAGCAUGGACCAUUUCCAUGGCAGAUCAAGGUUUGACCGUCUCUGAUUGCACAGCCGAGGGAUUAAAGGUUACACUCCUAUUGUCAAAAAUGCCAACAAAUCUUGUUGGGGAAGCCAUGGAGACAGAGAGAUUCUAUGAUGCUGUUAAUGUAGUUCUCUCUCUCCAGAGCAGUAGCGGCGGAUUCUCAGCUUGGGAAUCUCGAAGAGCCUAUAAUUGGCUAGAGAAAUUCAAUCCAACAGAGUUUUUUGAGGACUGCCUCACUGAGAAGGAUUAUGUGGAGUGCACAUCAUCGGCAGUGCAAGCCCUGGUUCUAUUUAAAAAGCUAUAUCCGAAUCAUAGAAGAAAGGAAAUAGAUAAUUGUAUUUCCAAAGCAAUCCAAUACAUUGAAGACACACAAAAUCCUGAUGGCUCAUGGUAUGGUUGUUGGGGGGUUUGCUAUACAUAUGGCACAUGGUUUGCUGUAGAGGCACUAAAAACCGUUGGAAAGAACUACCAUAACUGUCCUUCAUUGCGCAAAGCAUGUCAAUUUUUGUUGUCAAAACAACUUCCUAAUGGUGGUUGGGGUGAAAGUUACUUGUCAAGCCAAAACAAGGUGUAUACAAAUCUAGAAGACAACCGUGCAAAUAUAAUUCAAACAUCAUGGGCUUUAUUAUCUCUAAUUGCCGCAGGACAGGCUGAGAUAGAUGCUACGCCCAUACACCGUGGAAUGAAGGUACUAAUCAAUUCACAAAUGGAAGAUGGAGACUUUCCAGAACAGGAUAUUGUAGGAGUAUAUUUUAGGAACUGUGCCUUGACCUAUGCAUCGUAUCGAAACAUAUUUCCUAUAUGGGCUCUGGGAGAGUAUCGCCACAGAGUUUUAAACGAUCCAUGAAUUAAGAAGAUGAUCAAAUGCAUCAACUCAUCACCUUCAUCAAAAGUUCUUCGUUGUUCUUCAUUUUCAUCAACAAUAUAAUAUGCUUUUUUCUAUUCUCUACAGCAUGAAAAGUUGAAAACUAUACAUGUAUAUGUUGUUCAACCAAGAGUCCAAAACUCAAUCAUACAAUCCAAAAUAACGAUACAAUAAUGGGUUUUUCCCAAUUCUAUGUAAUAUUAUAUGAACAAUGUUGUAUGGUGAAUAAAAUUUAUUAUUUUUUAUCAA